CACAAUGUAAGAUGGCGGCUCGCACAAGAGCAAACUUUGGCUGGUUACUUAGGAAAUGUGUCUUCCUAGAUAUCUCUUCCACACCACGGUUAUGGACAUCGUUUAUCUGUAACAAACUAAACUUAUUUAGUUCUGUGAGUAGAAAAGUCAGUUCCUGUAGUGCAACAAUUAGCCGGAUUCCAAAAAAGGUAUAUCCUCGCAAGUACAAGGUCAGGCUUGUCCAACCAGAUGGUUCCUCUUUCUUCAUAAGAUACGAUAAGCCUUUAAAAUUAAUAAUGCAACCAAUCAACCCGACGGAAAUGACAGAGGAAGAGAGGAGAGCAAGAAUGAAGCGAUUAAAACCUGAAAAGCCAAAGAAAAUUUAUGAACUUGACAAUGAAGAUGAUGGCCAUGAUCAGAGAUCAUGGGCUAAUUUAAUGAAGAAAAAACCAUGAGAGUCACACAAUAGCUGGAUUAUUUGUAAUUUCACACCAGGGCUGGUCUACUGUACUGCCAUAGACACAUUGAUAUGAAAGGUCUCUUCAACAAUCAGUUCUGUGUUAUUUGUUUAUAAUUUUCAGUGAAUUCAAACAAGCUUAAUUUUUUGUUACAUGUUCUAUCCCACAAAAUAGGUGUGAUUUUGGCAUGUGGGUGCUCAAUAUUUUCUUGGUGAAAAUUAUAGCUGCCAUCCAUGAUUUUUACAGUAGUAGAUGGCUGAGGAAAAAACAAAAUUUGUACAUGGGGGGUGAGUAAGGGUCAAAAGGAAGGAGCUGGAGGGAUAGGUCAAUCCUGUCUAUUCCAACUUUGAAUCAAACCUAGGGCAGCCAGAUAAAUGAUUACGAACUUAAAUGAUGAUGGUAUUGACUCAUCCUACCAUUAGACACUUACACUGCAGGCUAGACAUGCCUGUCACAUGGGAAAACAUUUCAAUAAAGGGAAUUUAAAAGGAAAGUUGUCACUGCCACUUAUUUCCAAUCCUAUCUGCCAGGACUUUUCAGCUGGUAUGUCCCUUAUUCUGGACACAAUCCAAACACACAGUCAUACUGAUAGCUAUUGUGAAUUUUCAAGGUAAUGUAUCAGCUAAUAUGAACUAGGGAGAGGUUUCAACCAUUUUGUAUGCUUUUUAACAAUGAGUGAGUGCCACCUUUACCAUGCUUGUGAUUAAAUAGUUUUCAAUGAA